CGGCCAUCUUGACUGCAGCAAGGUACUCUUGGGGGCCUGCGGAAGCGCUGCGAAUAGCCUCGAAGCGCCGGACCAUGACCAGCUCGCGCCCUGCAGCGAUCGUUUCGGAGUCUGGUCUAUUUUCUGCGUGAGCCGCGAGCGAAUGUGUCAAGCCGGGUGACGGAGACAACAGCUGGGAGCAGAACCACUUGUCGACCAGGCUGGAGAAAUGCGCGUCUGAUGCCAACGGCCACUCGCAAAGAGGACAGCUGCGGUGGUGUUUUUUUUUUUUUCUUGUUUUUCUCCACAAUCGAAUAUCAAUUUUCACAUUCGAAGAUGACAAGUAGGAGAGAGACUGGAGGAGAUGGAGGAGGAGAGGCAGGAAGAGAGACAGAAGGAAAUGGAAGAGAGACGGGAGAUAGAGGAGAGACAAGAGCCUCACAGAGCAAAAAUGUCAGAUAUGACCCCCACCUCAGCCGUCACAGAGGGACAGCUGUUCUGUCCCCUGCUGCAGAUGAUGAAGGAGCACAAACUCAACAAUAACACACAGGCCAAUUUGGUGGUGGUUUGCAUCCACGGUCUGGUCUCCUGCCUGGGAAUUUUGGAGAAUGCCCUUGUCCUCUGGGUGGUUGGUUUUCGCUUGCAGCGCCGCACAGUGGCCUCCGUGUGGGUGCUCAACCUGGCCAUGUCUGACUUCCUUGCAACCCUGACGCUGCCCCUCUUCACCUUCUACCUUUCCUCCUCACACAGCUGGGAGCUCGGCAGCCUACUUUGCAAAAUACAGGCUUCCAUCUUCUUUGUGAACAUGUUUGUGUCAGCCUUCCUACUGGCAGCCAUUUCACUGGACCGCUGCCUUCUGGCGGCAAAGCCAGUGUGGAGCCAGAAUCACCGCUCAGUAGCAGGAGCAUGGAAGGUGUGUGUGUUGGGUUGGCUGUGGGCAGCAAUUAAUACAUUACCUUACUUCAUGUUUCGCUCAGUGACUGAGAAACUGGAUGGGAGGAAACUGUGCUAUCAUAAUUUUGCCUUGUAUUCAUCCUCUCUGGAGAGAGAUUGUAAAGUAAGGCAGGCAGCAACAGCCAUCUCCAAGUUGCUGCUGGCAUUCCUGUUCCCCCUGGUGGUGAUUGCAGGAAGCUACAUCCAACUUGUUUUCAGCCUGAGGAACAGGAGCAGGAGGAGGAAGCAGAGUGCUGGCAGGCUCACUGAUGCACUGAUUGUGUCAAACAAAGAUGGGGCAUCAGGAGCUAUAAAUACACCCACAACCACAAAAACCACUAAUAUCUUUCUCAAGCCUCUGGCCUCCGGGCCAUGUUUAUCCAUGACACCUGCUACCUCGUCCCCUACUACCCCUAAUCACACCAAUCACAGUCAGCUGUCCCAGAGCUUCACCAGAAUGGUAACAUUUGUGAUUGCAGCAUUUGUACUGUGCUGGGCUCCCUAUCACAUCUUCUGCAUCAUUGAGGUAACAGCACAAUACUGGCCCGAAUAUCUCCAUUUGGUGGAGGUGGGGCUGCCCUUGGCCACAACCUUUGCGUUCUUGAAUCCUGUGUUGAACCCCAUUCUGUACGCCUUCAGCUGCCCAAACUUCAGCGUGAGAAUACGACAGAGUCUGGGAGCACUGUUUGACGGUCUGGUAGAGGAAGGAGGAGGGCUACUGAUGGUGCCAGGGAGAAGUUUAAGAGCUCAUAUUAGGCGGAAGAGCAGCCGAGAUGUGAACCUUGCAACACCAGGGUCGCCAACGGGUUCACAAUCACCCAGUCAAUCACCUGACAGCCAACCACCCUUCCCACUGCCUUCGCCUUCUGAUGGCCUCAAAGACACUCACAUGGAAAAUACCAGAGAGGAAUCACAAGAUGAGGGGGAACAUAGCUGAGACACUGGAUUUUGGCUCUAUGUUGGAUUUAGUGAAAUCAUGUCAGAUAUGUCUUAAUGUACAUGUAGGCCUGAUUAAAUGGACACCCUCUGACCUAUCACAUCAAACCCAUGGCCACCACGAAAUGCAUGUGGAACAGGAAUUAGUAUUAUAGUUAGGGUGACCAUAUUUUGAUUUCCAAAAAAGAGGACACUCGGCCACGACAUAGCCUACUUAAAUGAUACUCGCAGUUUACUCAAAGAUGCCUUAUAAUUUCAAUAUAUUUAAAAUUGAUAUGUAUGGAUAGAAAAUUCAGUUAUAUUACAAAAUAAUAUCUCUCAAAGACAGAAAUUCAGAUAGGCCCCAAUAGAUAGGGGACACACAUACACACACUAGACUGGCGAUCCGAGCCCGAUGGUACCCGACGGGUUGGGCCGGGUUUGGUCAGAAAUGUAGCUAUACAUUGUAUUCGGGUUCAGGUCAGAUUCGGUCAGCUUUCAGUGAAAAUGUAAUGUAAAAACAAAUAAAAUCCUAUUGUCUGU